AUGGGUAGACAGUUUGGCUCUCAGUUUGGCUGCUUCUAUCAGUUUGGCUCCUUUCACAAUCUGCUACAGAUCUCUGCUGAUAUAGAAGGGCUGGGUUUGAUCUGUAGGGAGCUUCAAAAUCUGGAAGAUGAACAAAAUAACCGUGUUCGUGGCUUUCGAGAGGUGAUCGAUUUGAUUUCUACUUCUCAGAAACCUGUUGUUGCCCACAACUCACUUAGUGAUUUUACAUUCAUUUAUUCAAAAUUCCUUUCCUCACUACCUUCUAGCAUGGAUGAGUUCAGGUGUUCUGUGCGUUUGGUUUUCCCCCACAUACUUGAUGUCAGCCAUCUGAUGAAGGAAAUUGGCCUUAUGAAAAAGGUGACCAACUUACCUGCAGCUAUUUCGUCUUUAAAAAGACGGUUCUUUGCGCCUAUUGAUAUGAAGAUUUCUCACCAAGAUGAUGCAAGCGAGAGCAAUAUCCAUGGCCAUGAUGUUCUGAGGAUAAGUGAAUUGUUUGCUAAACUGUGCACUAUUCUGAAAAUUGCCCCUGUAACUCACGAGGAUGAAAAUGGCCAUUUGCCUUCUGUACUUGAAGACUAUACAAACAUUUUCAAUCCUUGCUCCACAAGUUCCCAAGACCACACUAUUGAUGAGGAUGUCUCGGUUUGGACAGACAACAGAAGAAAAGUUGACAGUAAGGAUUUGGUUUUCUUGUGGGGAUUUAGAGGUGGGAUGUCUGCCAGAACACUCAAGAAACUUCUCCAUGAUUCCCGUGAUGUGUUCUCUGAAGAAUUUGAUGUUCAACUGCUGGAUAAGAGUUACUUAGAUGUAUUUAAGGUGAGGAUGAAGAAGGGGAAGGCAUUGUCUUGCAAUCACGGUAUCCGUGGGAAGGAAGUGACCGAGAUUAUGAUUACGAGGAGCUUUUGCCUUCAUCAGAGCUUACUUUGAUUGUGGAUCACUCUGACCACUCUCACCGUUGUUCACUUCGGCUUCGACAUCACUUCGGCUGCUCGGCUGCGUUAGUUUAUUGCUUUGCCUUCAUCAGAGCUUAGUGUUUUUUCUAUUGAGUAAGAUUGAAGAAGAAGAAUCAUAAAUGUGUUAGUUUUUUUCAAGUUUACUCUGUUUUUUAUGACCAAAAUCAGUUGGCUCUGUUUUUUAUCACCAAAAUUAGUUAUUGCUUUGCUAUGUUUUUUACCAA